AUGCUACCCAGAUGGGAAUUGUUUCUCUACCUGCUUGUUUCUCUGGGUUUCCACUUUUAUUCUUUCUGUGAAGUCUACAAAGUUUCUAGAGCUCAUGAAAAGGAAUUGGACCAAGAGUUUGAGCUGCAGACAGAUACUUUAUUUGGAGGAUUAAAGAAGGACCCUACUGACUUUGAAUGGAGUUUCUGGAUAGAAUGGGGGAAGAAGGAGCUGGCCUGGCUUUUUCUUGGUCAUGUGGCCAUAUCUCAAGUUGCCAUGCUUCUCAUGGGAAAGUACAGACCCUGGUUUCUCAUGAUCUAUGGAAUGGGGGCCUGCUGGUACCUGCUGGGAGCUCAUGGACUGGCUAUGGUUUUCCUCCACACCAUCAUUUCCUUCUCUGUGGCCCAGUUUCGGUCCACACUCUUGUCUUGGCUGUGUUCCUUGUUGCUGCUUUCUACACUGCAGAUUCAAGCUCUAGAAGAUGUUAAGAGAGGAUGGUAUAAAACAGAGAAUGAGUAUUACUUAUUGCAGUUCACCCUGACGGUUCGAUGCCUCUACUAUACCAGCUUCAGCCUUGAGUUCUGCUGGCAAGGACGUCUCCCUGAGGGUUCCUCCUACUCCUUCUUCUGGUUAUUGGCCUAUGUCUUUUACUAUCCAGUCUUGCACAAUGGUCCCAUCAUCAGCUUUACUGAGUUCGUCAAGCAGAUGCAGAAUCAAGAAUCAUAUUCCCUAAAGGCCAAUCUUUCCAUUUUUGUCCUGGGAAUAGGUCGUCUUCUCUACUGGUGGUGGUUGGCUGAACUGAUGAUUCAUUUGAUGUACAUGCAUGCCCUGUAUAGUAAUACUUUCCUUCUGGAAGCGGUGUCUUCUUGGGCCUUAGGUGGACUAGCAUUAGCCCAAGUACUCUUUUUUUACGUGAAGUACUUGGUCCUUUUUGGUGUUCCUGCCCUGGCUAUGCAGCUGGAUGGAAUCCUACCUCCUGCCCUUCCCCGAUGUGUGAGCACAAUGUAUAGCUUCACUGGAAUGUGGAGGUAUUUUGAUGUUGGCCUUCAUAAAUUCCUAAUCCGGUACAUCUAUAUCCCGCUGGGAGGCUCCCACCAAGGAGGACUGGGAAUGCUGUUUUCUACAGCGAUGACUUUUGCAUUUGUGAGUUAUUGGCAUGGAGGGCAUGACUACCUGUGGUGCUGGGCAGUGCUGAACUGGUUAGGCGUGACAAUGGAGAAUGGGGUCCAAAGGGUUCUGUCAACCAGCUUCAUUCAUAACAGUUUGGUGCAGCAUCUCUCCCCACAAGUUUGCCGUCGACUGCAUGCCGCUUUGGCCGGUGCCUCCACCUCAAUGCUGAUUCUGUCCAACCUGGUGUUUCUUGGGGGAAAUGAUGUUGGGAGAAUCUACUGGAACAGAAUCUUCUUACAAGGUUGGCCGUGGGUGAUCCUCUCAGUUAUGGGAUUCCUGUAUUCCUAUUCCCAUGUGGGCAUUGCCUGGUCUCAGACUUACACCAUAGACUAAAGCUACCUACCUCCAAGACCUCCAUUUUAAAAAAGUUCACUUUGACCUCUGAGAAGAGGAUAGUUUGGAGUGGAAGAGAGUUCAGACAAUGGAACCAUUGGCCCCAGGAGUCUCUGCAUCAUGACUUCUGACCUGACAGACUAUUCACUGAGAGGAACCCAGGAGCCAUCUUCUACAUCAUCUGCACUACGUCUGUCCAAUAAACCUCCGCAGGAUCCCAACCUGGAGCUGAGAACUUGAAAUCACAUGGCAUAUUUAAAAACCAGAGGAAUGUUUAAUUGAAAGAAAUUUGGGAUAAGAUGAGAACUUUAGAGCCAGAGGUGCUGGAGCCAUCUUGUACUGAAUCUUGAGAGCCUGUGGUUUAAUUUUCUUUGUGAGCAUUCAUAUCCAGAAAUUAGCAAGCACUACAAAUCAAGGCUCAAUUUAUUGUUUUGUUGAUUAUCCAGACUCAAAUCAAGGAUGGAGAAAAUGUCAGUAAUGCACAUGAAAUUUAAGUGUAGCAUAGGUCCUUUUGCCCCCAAUAGUUACCAGCACACCAGUUUUAUAGCUCCUAUAUGGAAUCAUAAGUUUUGGAGCUUAAAGUGUCCUUGGAUAUCACUUAAUGAAUGAUCCCUCCUCCUCAUUUUGCAUAUGAGGAAUCUGAAAACUAGAGAAAUGAGGCAACUUUCCUAAGGUCACACUUGUAGUAAGUAGCAAACUAGAACCAAUUCCCUGGCCCCCAUUCUCCUGUCCUUUCUCCCAUCUCUGUACUUUGGCUCAUGGUUAUGUUCACACCUAUUUCUAUGUCCAAAUGUCCUCCCCUUUCCUAUCCCUCUGACCCCUACAGUCUCUCUCUUUCAGCCCCAACCCUCAUGUUUCCUUUUCUUAAUAGAAAACGUGAUGAAAAGUGAUCUCUGCCUCAAACAUCUCUAACUCUUUGUCUGAACUCAUGUCCCUUUUAUAAAUUACUUAUAUUUAUACAUUUCCUGUAAUUAAAAAUAGAAUCAGGAUCUCCUACCAAUCGAGAGGUUCUUUGGCUGCUUCUGCUUGUGAGUGACAUUAUGCCGAUCACAUCCUUCUCCAGAAUACUCCAGGCCCCCCUCGGUUAUGUUUAGUCAUUUGAAAGAGGUCAACCUAAAUGCCCCACUUUAUAGUAAGCAGUUGGUGGGACAACUAUUUGAGAUACAGUACCUAUAUCUUGGACUAGUGAUCCAGAUGGACAAUGAGUUGGGUCCAGAGUUGAAUAGUAUAGGGUGCCACAUUGCAUUAAGGAAAUUAC